AUGGCGGACGUAGCAGCGGAACUGGAAGAGGGGGGCUUCAAGAGAACCUUGAAGGACUUGUUUGCCGGGGCUGCUGGGGGUGUAGCUCAGGUUCUAUUGGGUCAACCCUUUGAUAUAGUCAAAGUUCGUCUCCAAACCACUACACAGUAUGCAAAUGCUCUUGAAGCUGCCCAAACCAUCUACCGCAAUGAAGGUGCUCUCGCCUUCUACAAAGGUACCCUCACGCCUUUGAUCGGUAUUGGAGCCUGUGUUUCCGUCCAAUUUGGAGCUUUCCACCAAGCCCGUCGUUACCUGGAAAACUACAACACUUCCCGCAGCCCUCUUUCCCCAGGUCUUUCCUAUGCACAAUACUAUGCGGCAGGUGCCUUUGCCGGUAUCGCCAACUCUGGUAUCUCGGGUCCCAUUGAGCACGUGAGAAUCAGAUUACAAACGCAGCCUCACGGUGCAGGAAAACUCUACAAUGGUCCCGUGGAUUGUGUUCGGAAACUGUCGGCCCAUGAAGGCGUUCUCAAGGGUCUCUAUCGCGGUGAGGCCGUUACCAUUAUCCGAGAAGCGCAGGCUUAUGGUGUGUGGUUCCUUUCUUUCGAAUACAUGAUGAAUAGCGACGCCGCGCGCAACAAAAUCGAACGCAAAGAUAUUCCGAGCUGGAAAAUUGCUUUCUAUGGUGGUCUAGCCGGAGAAGCUUUAUGGUUGGCUAGUUAUCCGUUUGAUGUUGUGAAGAGCAAAAUGCAGAGUGAUGGCUUCGGGAAGGAGAUGAAAUACAACGGUAUGAGAGACUGUUUUGCAAAGACGUGGAGAGCAGAAGGUGCAAGAGGAUUCUGGAAAGGCAUUUUCCCUACAUUGUUGAGGGCCAUGCCGGUUAGUGCGGGUACUUUCGCCGUGGUGGAAAUGACUAUGAGAGCUAUUUCUUAG